AAUGAUGAAAUUAAAAAACAACACAACAGAUAAUUAUUCGGUGAACAACACAAAGUGCAUUCAUUAUUAAAUCAGUAAAAUGAGCUCCUGGAGUCCUGAGUUUGAAAUAUCGGUUUCAGAUUCUGAAGAUGAGGGCGAUCAAUUGACUAAAAAGUUCAAUGGUCGCGAGUCUAUAGUAUUCGUAGUCGAUGCUAAGUUGUACAAUACGCCGGAAUUACUGGAGGAAGCCUUGGUAAUUUUACGCACAGCAUUUUUAUCGGGUCUCUUGGUAAAUGAUAAGGAUUUAAUAGGAUUGAUAUUUGCAAAUACGAAGCAUUCACCAGAACCUUAUGAACCCAAUUGUUUAGAAGACAUAAUUCUUCCAGAAAAAUGCGCAGUAUUUUUACCGCCACGCCAACUAAAUACUUCUAUAGUUCAAAUGUUUUUGAGAUUUGUAGAAACGGCGCCAACACAAUUUGAUGAAAUAUAUGGGGUAGCGCCUAACGAUGAAAGUUGUAAUUUUUCGCACGUUCUUAGGCUCUGCAUGGAUUUAGUGCAGCAUUGCAAUUAUUUAGUUGAUAAUACUACAAUCGUAUUCUUAACAUCCAAUGAGCUACCACAUCCUCGUGAUUCUGAAUGCUAUAGACAAGUUUUACAAAAAGCUGUCGAUUUGAAGGGACGAGAUGUAGAAUUUCAAUUGAUUCCUAUGAUAGAUAUUUUCAAUUAUGAUCUAUUUUAUAAAGAAUUUAUUUGCUUAAUACAGGAUAUUGAUAUUGACUGCUUUCAACCAUCCGAUCCCAAAAGAUUACGCGAGAUGUUAUCCAAUCGAAAAUUUAAGCAACAUUAUGUUCGCAGAUCUUUGGGGCAUUUUAAAUUUUCGUUGGGCCCCAACUUGGAAUUAUCCGCCCAAUACUUCAACUACUAUCAAAAGGGUAAAAAACCAAUGAAAGUAUUAUUGCAACGCACAGAUAGUGCUUUGGUACGGAGGCAUAGAGUAACCCAAGUACGUAAGCAAGAUCCAGAAACUCAAAUUUGCAAAGAAGUUAAAGACGUGAAUAUAAAAAACGCUUGGUAUGAUAUCAAUUUGGGGGCUAAUCAUAUGCGUUUAUCGUAUGAACAGGUAAAUAGAGUACGUAAUAUUCACUCGCCUGGAAUGGUCUUAUUGGGCUUUAAGCCGAAAUCAUAUUUGGCAAGCACAAUAUAUUCCAAAACUGCAAACUUUAUGUAUCCUGAUGAUAUCCAUAUUGAGGGUUCUAAACGUUUAUUUCGUGCCCUAUGGGAAAAAUGUAUAGAAAAAGAAAAAAUAGCUGUAUGCCUGUUCCUGAGUAAAAGGAAAUCAAUGCCUCGAUAUGUGGCUUUAAUACCAAUUGACAAAGAAAUCGAAUCACAAACACAUGAAAAUUGUAUUCUAAACGAUGGAUUUAAAAUUGUCUAUUUGUCGUGCUCUUCGUAUAUACGCAAUUUUAAUUUAUGUGAUUGGAAUACAUCCGAAAACGACGCAGAUGAUAAAGGAUUAAUGGUCUGUGAGAAGCUGAUGAAGAAAUUCAGAUUAGAUUAUAAGCCUGAUAUUUUGUGUGAUCCGGACUCGGAUCAAUUACAGUCAAAACUGCUCAGCUUGGCUUUCAAUGUUAAUUACGAAACAUUGGGUAGUCAAUAUUUUCCUAAUCCUGAAAAUCAGACCCAACGUAUUAGUACUAUAUUGCCAAUCUUUGAUGAAGUGUUUGGAGAAGAAACUAAUGAGAUACCAAAACGUUCUGCAGAUAAAUCAGGUUUAACAAACGUUUCUAAAAAACCUAAAAUAACACCAGAUUUAAAUAAUAAAGAUCAUGUUACCCAAAUGAUUGAGAACAAAGCACUUAAUUCUUGCACAAAAGAUCAAUUGUUGGAAAUUUUAAAUAAUCAUUUCAACAAAAAAGUUCCCAAAAAUACAAAAAAACAAGAACUUAUGGAUAUUAUUUAUAGUCUAUAAGUCUUUUUAUUAAUUUAAAUACUAUAUUAACUAGGUAUCUUUUAUAAAAAAGCCAUCAGCUUAAAAAAUAAUUUAUAAAAUAUUAAAGGCCUUUCGCGUAGGGCAUUCUAUUCCGUACGAUCUUGGAACUGGAGGAUGUCGCAAAAAAAUAAUAACCCUAAUGAACAUGUUUUAUACCAACUUUAAUGAUUUAAAUGUAUGGGUUUUAAUAAAAUACAACCUAGCGAACUUUUAUAUUAAUACAAUAACAUUUGUAAUGGGUAUAGUUUUUGUGUUUAUGCAAAAGUUCAUAAUUUUGCAAGAUCAAAAUUCACCUUAUUGUUUAAGUGAUAAUAUAUAUAUAUUCAUACACUUAAAAAAAUACAUGCCUUUUAUAUUUGAAAAUAUUCAUACGUUGUACGAAAUCACGAAAUGUUUAACUAUAAUAAAAAAUUCGUUUAUUUUACGAAAUAUUUUUUUAAUUGUAAGAAUUCUUUCAUAAAUUUAUUAUUUAGUAUACAUAACUAAUUAUUUGUUAUAUUUAAUCAGAUACCUUAAGGAACUUAUUCUUAAAAAAUCUUCAAUUAUGGAGUGUAAAAAUAAAAAGAAAAUGGUUUUGUUUAGUGACAUUUCAAAAAGUUGAAGUAGAAAACAAUAAUGGUUUAAAUAAAUAAAGAAUAAAUAAAAACAA